AUGAAAUGCUCUAACUCGAAUGCGGAAUCUUUGGACUUCAUGAAAUCAAAAGGGAUGGCAUUCAAUUGUGAAGACUGCUCGAAAAAACUUAAACAAGACAGAGGAGAAAAUACACCCAUUAAAGGUAUAUCACAAACAAAAGGUGACUCAAAUAUCUAUAUGAACAGUGAUUUAGACACCAGAGCUAUAACCACUAGAUUCGUCGAACUUAUUAAAAACCAGAUAACUACUAAUGAUACUCUCUUAACCCUAAGUAACCGGAUAUUAGAACUCGAGAAAACAUUAAAAGAAAAAUACGGCAUAAUACAAAAUCUAGAAAUAAAAAUCAACAUAUUAGAACAAAACGAAAGAGCGUCUCUAGUAGAAAUAAGUGGCGUAAAAAACGAAAAUAAUGAAAAUGUUGAAACAAUCGUUAAUGAUAUCGCAGGAAUUGGAGAAGUUGAUAUUAGUCUUUUUGAUAUUGAAAAUGUAUACCGAAAUUUAUCAAAUCGUAAUUUGGAAGCACCUCAAACAGUCGUAGAAUUUUCUUCAAAAAAAAAAAAAGGGAAGAAUUCAUUAGGAAACGGGGAAAAAUUGAAUUCAAAGGAUCAACAAUAUAUAUUACCUAAUGAAAACUUAACAGCUUACAAUAGAAAACUGCUUUGGGAGACUAGAUCAAAAGCAAAAGAACUUUUAUACCGAUACAUUUGGACAAGGAAUGGCAGAAUCUUCUGCAAAAAAGACACAAAUAAAAUACGUAUUUUUCGAACUAAUAAGGUCUAA